AUGACUCUAUCCUCUCUACGGAGUAGCUCGGCCAUGCUGUCUGCAGCCAAGAAGAAACUUGAGCUCCGACUCACUGAACCAGAAAGCUGGAAACUCCCGAAACAACACAGUAGCAUUGCGCCACCGGAUGUAUGGACCAAUGCAGACCAAGAUCCCAUCCCGCCAGAAUUACGAACAUGGACAGAGAUGACCUUCAUCACUUACUGGUACAGUGACCUGGUUACAAUCAGUGGCUGGUCUGCCGCUGGCGCUAUUCUGACUGCUGGGCUCUCUGCAACUGAUGCAAUCCUCAUCACGCUAACUGCAGGCAUUUGCAAUGCCAUUCCCACCGUAUUGAAUGGUGCCAUUGGGUCGGAUCUUCACGUUCCUUUCCCCAUCGCCGUUCGCGCCAGUUAUGGUUAUUGGCUAAGCUACUUCUGUGUCAUCAGCCGAGCCAUUCUCGCCAUGUUCUGGUUCGGUGUCCAAAGUGUCGGUGGCGGGCAAUGCGUGACUGCGAUGAUUCUGGCUAUCUGGCCAAGCUAUGCAAAGGUUGAGAAUACCCUGCCCAAGUCUAUCGGUAUCACAACGCAAGGCAUGGUGUCAUACCUCAUAUAUUGGCUGGUACAAACGCCGCUUCUUCUCAUCCCUACACAUAGACUGCAGCUGUUGUUUAAUGCCAAAGCGGUUCUCGUCACACCCAUGGCUCUCGCCAUCGUGAUCUGGAUCGCGGUCAAAGCUGGUAAUCAGUCUUCGGGCUUCUUUUAUGCUCCUGCUACCGUCUCUGGUUCUACCAGAGCCUGGCUUUGGCUGUCUAAUUUGACAUCUGUUACGGGGGGUUACACUACCUUGACAGUCAACAUUCCCGAUUUCUCGAGAUUCAGCAAAACAAAAGGUGCAAAUCUCUGGCAGCUUCCAGCAAUCCCCUUCUUCAAAACGAUUGUCGGCAUCUUUGGUAUUGUCGCCGCAGGGGCUGCCAAGGAGGUGUACGGGGAGGCGCUCUGGAACCCAAUUGAUAUCAUCAACAAGUGGCAGGACAAUCCUGGCGGGCGAGCGGCUGCCUUCUUCUGCGCGCUCAUCUGGCUCCUGGCACAGAUCAGCGUCAACAUCAGCGCCAACGGUGUUUCCUUCGCCAACGACAUAGCUUCCAUAGCGCCCAAGUGGUUCAAUAUCCGCCGCGGAGUGAUUCUUGUCUCCUUCCUUGGCGGCUGGGCGUUGUGUCCUUGGAUCAUCCUGGCUUCCGCAAAGGCCUUUAUGAGGUUCAUGUCCGCAUACGCCAUCUUCAUGGCCCCAAUAGCAGGUAUCCUGACCACCGACUACUGGCUCAUCAAGCGUCGCAAGUACAAUGUCCCAGCGCUCUACGAUCCGCAUGGUAUUUAUCGCUUUGGGUGGGGUGGCAAUUGGAGAGCCCUGGUCACAACGGUUCUGAUCAUCACGCCUCUUUUACCUGCUCUUGGGCACGAAGUAAACCCCGAGGGCGUACCUGUCCCAGAUGGUCUACAGAAGCUGUUCAAGUUUAACUGGAUCUACGGGUUUGUGACCUCGAUCGUGCUCUAUUACACACUGAAUAUAGUUUCCCCUCAUCGAGAGACCCUGCUACCUCAAGUUGUUUACGGGGAUCAGCCCUCAAUUGAUGGAGUAAAACCCAACAGAGAAGUCUCAGAAACACGUACAGAGGACAAGAUGGACGAGAUUGAACCAGUCUAG